AAUCUCAGUCACUUGUGUGAAAAAAGUAACCGUAUGCGGCCGUUGGCUCACCGAUAGAUCAGUUAACAAUGCUGGGUUCUUUAUUUGGUUUAAAAAGAACGUUGAUUCGUAGAGGUUUCCAGGAAUGUUUACAAGAGGAUGGAAAGGAAGCCACCAUUGGAAGAUGAUGCAUUAGAGUAAUAUAAAAAAUGGCUGAAACAAAAUCUAUUUUUUCUGUAACUGGGAGACGUCCAUCGGGGGAGAUAACUCAGGUUCAUAAACCCACAAGUCAAAAGUCGCCAUUGAAGGAUAAUAGUCCAAUACAUACGAAUGGUACAGGAGAUGUUGAUUGCAUUUUCGGCAGUAUGCCAAACCCAACCAAUGUUUUGGAACAGUUGAACUGCCAGGAUGCUGCAGCAUAUAAGCGUGUUGGCUCGUCAUUCCAACAUGGAGGUUCAGUAUACCAGCGUAGUGUAUCUUGUUCCGUUCUUGAGCAUACCAAGGGCUGGGCUACAGAUUUGAAAAAUAAGAAGGAAAACCCUGUUGUUUUAAGCUCACAACAAGAGCAAACUCCAGUCACAGAAAUUUCCCGACAGGGACAAACACAAGUCAUAAACACCUCUUCACAAGAAAAAACACAAAAUAGGAAUUGUACUUCACAAAACCAAACACAAAAUUCAAGUUCAAACUCAUGUUUAAAGGAACAACAAGAUUCAUCAAUAAAAAAUGGCCUUCAGCAACACUGUGAAUGCAAACUUCAGUCAAAUGAUAAAGAGGAACAUGCAAAAGAGUCAAAAACCUGUCACCAACAAAAUGUGACUUUUAAAACAGACUUAGAGGGUCUAUCAUUGAACCUGAACAAUGUGAGUCAUGAAUCGGAUAAAUGUGAAGGAAAAGUGACAACGGAUUUAAAUCAGAGUGAAAAUGUGUCCGAUAAUACGAACAAUUCAGUGUCAGAGGGAGAUAAAAUUCAUCUUCCUCGGGCCGGAGAUGAAGGACAGGUUUGUGGCAAGCCUCCCCUCCCUGGAGGUAGGGUCAAGGCCAAAUCUUCAGCCUCAGGGAAACAGUCAUGGCUGUUGAGACUGUUUGAGUCAAAACUUUUUGAUAUGUCUAUUGCUGUUUCCUAUUUAUUCAACUCUAAAGAGCCUGGUGUCCAAACCUACCUAGGGAAUCGUAUGUUCACUUUUGAUGAGGCCGAUGUUGACUUCUAUCUGCCUCAAAUCCUCAACAUGUAUAUACACAUGCAUGAUGUAGCUGAGGCCCUACAUCCUUACCUCAUUCACAGGUGUCGGUACAAUGUGGAGUUUGCACUAAGAACAGCAUGGAUCCUUGGGGCAUUUUCAGCAGAUGUCUUAAAACCAUCAUGGAAAAAUUCUCAAGGUGUAAAACUGAAAAAUAUGAUACUUAAUGAAGAAUUAAGACCUCCAAAACCCCACAAUCAUCUUCGGACCCUGUCCAAUUUGCCAAGUCCAACUGUUCCUCCGAGUCAGUUAUAUCCAUCCUGCACACCGUCACCAGCAGGAAAACAGAGAACACAUCACCGCUCUAGAUCAGAUGCCACAGGUAUUUACAUGAAGAGCAGUCAGAGCAGUUCAUCCUCUAAUCUUGCGGAAACACCUGGCGACCUGUCAACAGGCCAUGCCUUUGACAAUGGCUGUACGUGUCACCAGAGUUCAGAAGCAAUUGUCAAUGACCUUACAGGCCGAGAAACUUUGUGUCACUGUGGUGCACCUCGUCUGGCACCAGAACUGGAGUUUGUAAACGCAUUGAUGAACAUUGGAUCAAAACUGCAGCUACUUCCCACUAAGGAAGCUCGAACUUCACGUUUAAUCGCAGAACUUGCAAUGUUGAAUUUGAAUUUACCAGCACGUAUCUGGCUCCCUUCGGCUGAUAACUGUAACCAUCAUAUUGUCCGAAUCCCACACACGCAAGCAAUAGUGCUUAACUCGAAGGAAAAGGCUCCGUAUUUGCUGUAUGUAGAGGUCUUAGAGGUCGAAAAUGCCCAUACCAGCCAAGUUCCGGGAAAGAUCCUGGAAAAUACCCUACGAUUUACUCGGUCAGAGGAGGAUCUUAGUGCCAUCUGUGCUCGAGCUAACGGGGGAGGUAACUCUCCCUAUUCUGAGUUCUAUGUAUAUGGCAAUAUGGGAGAGUUUGAUGAUGCCGAAUGCUGGUCACAGGAGGAAGAUGAUAUUCUUCAGAUGCAGUUUACAGGCCGGUACCGUUCCAGUGAUACACUAUCCCAGUUCUCUAUAGACAGUUCCACGAGUGCUGAUAGUAAGGAACCUGUUUAUAUUGCUGCUGGUGAUAUACGAAGACGCCUCUCAGAAAAUAUUUCGGCACCGAAGGGCAAGUUUGAGCGUGACCCUGACGAUCCUUCAGCUGCAGCCCUUAAGGAGCCAUGGGAGGAGAAAGAGCGGAGGAUCCGGGAGAGUUCGCCAUAUGGCCACUUACCAAACUGGAAGUUACUGUCUGUCAUUAUCAAAUGUGGUGACGACCUUCGACAGGAACUGCUGGUCUACCAGAUCCUUAAACAGCUCAAGACAAUCUGGGAACAAGAGCAUGUGCCUUUGUGGAUCCUGCCUUAUCACAUACUGGUGACAGCCAUGGACUCGGGGAUGAUCCAGCCCGUCACCAACGCAGUGUCACUUCAUCAGAUCAAGAAACAUUGCAAAGUGUCCCUACGUGAAUACUUCAUCCGUGAGUUUGGCCCUCCAAACAGCGAAGAGUUCCUCACUGCCCAGAAAAACUUUGUCCAAAGCUGUGCUGGAUAUUGCCUUCUGUGUUACCUCAUACAGGUUAAGGAUAGACAUAAUGGUAAUAUUCUGCUCGACUCCCACGGUCACAUCAUUCAUAUUGACUUUGGAUUCAUCCUUUCCACAUCACCUGGCAAAAAUCUAGGCUUUGAAAACUCGCCAUUUAAACUUACUCACGAAUUUGUUGAGGUAAUGGGAGGACUUGGAAGUGAUAUGUUUGAAUACUUCAAGAUCCUCAUUCUGCAAGGACUGGUGGCAUCUCGGAAACAUAUGGACAAAAUCAUUUUACUUGUGGAGAUCAUGCAGACAGGGUCCCAGCUGCCAUGUUUCAGUAAGGGGGCAACCAGUCGGCAGAUGAAGGAAAGAUUUCACAUGAAUCUGACAGAGGAACAACUUCAGUUGUAUGUAGAGAAUUUGGUGGAAUCUAGUCUUCACUCGCUCACUACAAAACUGUACGACAACUUUCAGUAUUUCACUAACGGUAUCCUUUAGGAUAUUCCUUGAAGGAAGCAUACAAAACAACAUAAGGAAGGGAGGCAUCCUCUAUAACAAAACAGUAUGGUGUGGAGGGAGGCAUCCUCUACAACAUAACAGCUUGGUGUGGAGGGAGGCAUCCUCUACAACAGAACAGCUUGGUGUGGAGGGAGGCAUCCUCUACAACAGAACAGCUUGGUGUGGAGGGAGGCAUCCUCUACAACAGAACCGCAUGGUGUGGAGGGAGGCAUCCUCUACAACAGAACAGCAUGGUGUGGAGGGAGGCAUCCUCUACAACAGAACAGCUUGGUGUGGAUGGAGGCAUCCUCUACACCAGAACUGCAUGAUGUGGAGGGAGGCAUCCUCUACAACAGAACAGCUUGGUGUUGGAGGGAGGCAUCCUCUACAACAGAACAGCAUGGUGUGGAGGGAGGCAUUCUCUACAACAGAACAGCAAACCUUAUAAUAAGAGGCUUUUAAGAGGAAAAGGUGUUCUGUUUGAAGGAACAAAAAGGAUUGUCUCAAUACUUGUUUGCCUUCACAAUAUUAUGUGUUGUAGGAUGGCAGGAUUUCACAGGAAUUUUGGAGACUAUUACUCAUCAAAUAUACAUUUAACGGUUUCAACCCAAAUUUCCUGUACGUAAUCAUUCUAUUCUUGCCAACAUUUCUAUAGCAUAUAAUUGGUGCUGUGUUACUUGUUGCUAGUCUUAGUUUUGUCACAACAGCUUACAGACCCGGACCACUAGUCAGUACAUAAUAGAUAAAAAAUUUAACAAUGUCACUCAACAAAUAGAUAAAUUCUACUGACGGGUAGCUUUUGACCACUACCUGGUCAGUACAUACUGUUAGAAAAUAAAGGCUUCAAAACAUGUAUUAACAGUUAACUUAAUACCAAAACUGAACUGCAAAUGUAUACAUCGGGGCAUUGAAAUUACUAAAUGUUAUCCUGAUGUUGACUGCCCUGCAGUCAAACCAUGUCAAUGACAUCUCGACCACGAUACAGAAGGCAACCAAUGUUGAGAAGGCUUUAUUUUAAAAUAUUUUGUUCAUCACAUAGUAAGGAUCCCUAUUGAAUACCCCUAAGAUAUCCAUCCAAGAACACACUAUUUGAAAAGUGUUUAUUGUAUGAUAAAAAAUGCCUCUCAACACCCAAGUUCUGUUUAUUUACAAUCAUUAUUUCUGGCUUUAAUUGCCGAAUUAAAAAAGAUGUAAACAAAUGAUCAGAAGUAUUUUAAAAUCAAUGUUUUAUCUAUCAAAAAAAUAAAUGAUUUUCAUAUACAUUUAUCUUAAUCUCAUAUUCUUUUAAAACCAAAAUAAAUGCACUUUAUGUUAAUAUGGAUUUCUAUCUUAACACUGAAGUUUUAUAAAAUUGUUCUUAAAAGAUUGUAGAAAGUGUUAAAAGAAAUUAAUCGUACAAUGUACACAUCAUCACAAAAUAUUAGGGGCAAGUUUCAAUAUUCCUUAGCUUGAUGAAAUUUCUUAACACUAAGUUUUUUGUAGGAAAGCAUUACAGAAUUAAAGGAAGAUUUCUUUAACGAAGAUUUCCCCCCAUAAAUUCUAGGAUGUUUAUUGAAAAUUUCAAGUUUAGGAAUUUCCUUAAGUUCAGGAAAGUUGAUAGAACUUCAGCCUGAUCUCUGCUUUGAGAUAUUGGACUUUUCAAUUAAAUUGAUGUCAGACUGAAGUUCCAAUUAACUUAGGUUGUAAAUACACCCCCUCCAGACCCUUGGACCACAGUUUUAAGCUUCGUAAUUCUAUGAUUUAUGGGAGCUCAUUUUCUUUUUGUAGUUAUUUUAAAGUGUUGACAAGGUUUGUUUUUUAGGACCUGUUUACAGUCGUGGGAGAUAUCAGUAUUCAAUUUUAGUAUUAAGAAUUUGAGAUAUGUUCUGUUAUUGAAAAAAAUGUUACAAACACAAAUUGACAGAUUAUUUUUUCAAAAUAUGAAAUGCACCCAUUCCCUUGAAUGGACAGCUGAUUUUUCUCCACUUGCUUGAAUAAUCGUGUUAAGUUGUGAAAGUAUUGUAAAAAGUAUUUUACAAAAUUAACAGUAAAUUGUAUUAACUGGUAUUGUUGUCCCUGAUGGUAGCAUACAAGGAGUCUAAUAGUGCCAGGUCAGGGAGGUGACCCUCGAACCUGUUCAUGUCUGAUCGGGGAAUGUUUCCACUGUGCUACCCGACUACCCAACAUAUUGGAGUCAUACCACUAUUUCACUUUGCAUUGAAAGUUUGCAUGUGAAUUUUUUUUUCAUGGUUGGCAUUAAAAUUGAGCAUUAAAAUUUGCAUGGAUUGUUAAUUUUAAUGGUUUAUGUUAAUGCCUUCUCAUGGGUAUUAGAUGGCUUGUAUUGUCAGUUCUAGUGUAUCAAAUACAAAUUGCAGACAAUUUCAUGUUCAGCAAACCUCUGUCUGGUGUUAAGUAUGUGCUCAAGUCUUGUAAUACAUACGAUCAAUUGAUAUUUUUAAAAUUCUUGGGACAUAAAUAAAUUUUCUAAUAGCUAUAUGUAAACUAUGGUGCUUUGAUAAUGACACAGUAACUAAUAUGUCACUUGCUUAAAUGUGCCUGCAUGUACAUAGGUUUCCUGUAUACCUGGGUAUUUAUUGACAUUUUGACGGGAGAUUUAGUAAUUACAUGUAAUGAGUCACAGAAGUAUUAUUCAACUUUGUUUCCAACAAUACCUGGACACCAAGCAAAAUGUUGGUUAUUUCCAUUGUUUGAUAUUUACAUACAAAAUAUUGUGAAGCAAAUUUGUUCUUUUAAAAAUGGCUUUGUUUUUGCUGAAGAUUUGUUGUUAUUCUCCACUUUGUUAUUUUCAAAGUUGGCUUUACUUCAGAUCUGUUUCUUGUGCGAUUACAUGACUGACGUGCCAGUAUUUUUGGAGUGUUCCAGCACAUUAAAUGUAUAUUUAUUCUGAACUCUUAUCUAUUCAUUCCUUUAUAUUGUGUGUAUGUAUAUAUUAUCAUAACAUGUCUUGUCAAAAUUACUAAAAUUUGCAAAAAAUUUUGAACUUUGUUCUCAAUUUUAAACAGUUUUCAUGUCUUAAUAUUUAUGCUACAACUGAGUCCAAUAAUCAAGGUUGACACCACACAAACACUAUGUAUGAUAUUGUAUGUAUCUUUAUGAUAUUUCAUGUACUGUUAUAUCAUUAUUUAAUGAAUUCAGUCGUCUAUCACAGGUUUUCAGAUUAGACACCCAUAUUUACACUGUUUAAAAGACUUAUGGUAGAAAUCUAGUUUCAUCAAAAAGAAUGUAAUCAAGAGAGAAAUUACAAUUAAUUUAUUGUAUGAAAUCAUGGUCAGAUUUGCCUUCAUAAAUAAACCAUCCAAAGAUUGUUUAGUUUUAGUUACGAAAAUUACAGAUUCAUAGCAGGUUUAGUUAAAAACUGACUCUAAACAUGUAUGUAUGGUCUGAUUAAAAAAAUCUCUAUUCAUAGCAGAGUUAGUUAUAAAAGUGAUCCAGUCAUUGCGGGUUUUAGUUAUUUUGUUACGAAAAUUCGCCAUUUUUAGCAGAUUUAGUUAUAUGACCAAAUCAUAGCUGGUUUAAUUUCUGAAAUUAUGAGAUUUUGUGAUGUGUAUAGUUUAAUAACGAAAAUUCAUAACAGGUUUAAUUAUGAAAAUUCAAUUCAUUGUAGGUGUAUUUAUAAAAAUGACUCGUUCAUGAUAGACUUUGAUGCACGAGUGUUAUAUAACAAUACAAUCAUCAUAACAAUGCAAGUACAUGUUACCGUGGUGACCAGCACCAAUAUUUUGCUGUUUCCACGGUAACUGUCACCCCACGUAUUAAAGUAGAGAUAGAUUCUUUCCAUGUCCGUGUCAUACAUGUAAUAUCAAUGCAAUUGUGUAAAUGUAGUUUGGGAAAUUGAGAGGUGUGUCUGAGGUUGUUGUGAAUUCAACUUAAUCAACAGAACUAAUACUGUGAAAUCUUGUGGUUUUUGUUGGGUUUUUUUUUUUUAUCAAAGAAAAUUUGAAAAAGGA